AUGUACCAAUCGCUGGCGUCCAGGUCAGCAGCGGCGGGCGCCAGCAAGGCGAUGAGGCGGCAGCAGCGCAAGGAGCGGCAGCGGGCAGCAGAAAUAGCCGAGGCCGGGGGGGUGCGCAGUCAGAUUUCCUCUGGGAGCAUCGCUGUUGGGUCUGUUUUUGAGUCGACUCAAAAGCAGCGCAAGGAGCGGCAGCGGGCAGCAGAGAUAGCCGAGGCCGGGGGGGUGCGCAGCCAGCUUUCAGUUGGGAGUGCUGCUGUGGAGGUGGCUGGGGAGAGGGGGGCGUGGGGAGCGGAGGUGGGGAGGGGAGAGGAGGGGAGGGUCAUGGUGUGCGGAGGGGUUGGUGGUGGAAGGGGCGGGCUGGGCAGGGGAGGCAUGGGGGAGGAGGAGCAUCUGGUGAGGGUGAUGGCGAGCCAGCUGGAACCAUCACCGUUGUGUUCCCUUCAGGGACUGUGGAAGGGCGUCUGCCAGCACAGCAGCCUCGAUUUCAUCCUGCUCACAUGCACUGAAUCUGGACAGCUGCAGUGCCGCCGGGUGGCGCAGUACAAGCAGCCUCCACCGCAUGCCCGCGCGGUUACCACCACCGCCACCCGCAGCAGCGAGCGGCGCCUGCGACGCCGCCAGGCCAGGGCACGAGCUGAGGGGAGAGCGGAAAGGAGUGCCGGGGGGAGCACAGGGGGAAGAGCGGAAGGGAGAGGGGGGGGAGGUGGAGAGAGGGCUGCAGGAGAGGGAGCAGCGCGAGCAGAUGAGACAGCAGGAGGCGUCUUAUACGAGGAGGGAAAAGAGAGGGGAGAAAGGGCGGGGAGGGAGAGGGUGGAAGGUGGGGGAAGGAGACAGGGAGGGGGACAAGGGAGAGGAGGAGGGGGAGGAGGGGGGAGAGUGCAUGGGAGAGUGCAAGCAGCUCCGUGUAGCAGUGGGUAUAGCAGACCAGGGAAAGCAGGGGCGAUCAGGUGGGUGGCAGAUCUGUCCUCGUUUGUGAGUGCUCCGUUACCUCCGAAAGAGGAAAGGCUGUUUGACCUGAAGCGGCCUCUGUUUUGCCCAUCUCAGACAAUUGGGGUGACUGAGAGGAGGGACGGAGGGGGAACCAAGUUACAGCAGGUGGUGGGGAUGGUGCAUGCACUCUCACGGCAUGUGGAGAAGAUUCAGCUGCAUACACGAGUUACCAGGCGGACACUCAGAGACCCCAUGCUGCAGACCUCAAAGCUAGCAGAGGCGACAGCACAGCAGGUACAAGGCUUACAAGACGCCCUGGUGGCCUCUCGGAGGGAGUCGGAGGAGAUGCUGCUGCUGCUGCUGGGCGUGCAGGACCAGUCCGUUCGCCAGUUCGACCUCUUCUCGACCUCGCUUCGCCUCCUGCGCUCCCAGCAAGACGCUCUGAAAGCACAGCAAGACUCGCUGAAAGCAGAGCAACACGCGUUGAGAGCACAGCAGGACACGUUGAGCGGCGAGCAAGAGAGGCUUAAAGGGGAGCAGAUGGGCGCCUGGAUGCAAGCAGAUGGAUCCCUGCAGCCAGAGCUGGUGACUGAAGGGAUGCUGCAGCAGAUUCGAGCACAGCAGGAAGAGCUGAAGGCGCAGCAGGGAGCGCUACUGACACAGCAGGAGCAGGUAAGAGCGCAGCUGGAGCAGCUGAAGAUUCAGCAGGAGCAGCUGGGGGCGCAGCAGGGGGAGGUAGGGGCGGAGAGAGAGCAGCUUCGGGCGGAGCAGGACAUUCGGAGCGCUCAGGAAGGCCUGCUGGGGGCGCAGGAGAAGCUGCUGUCUCUGCUGGCAGCCGUGCAGCAGCGGCACGCCCAGCAGCAGCAGCAUGCGGAGCAGCAGGGUUCUUCCUCUGGAGGGUUGACCGCGCCAAUUCAAUCGGCUUCGCUGCAGGAGUUGAGGGAGCAGCAGCAGGCGCUAGCUCGGGACCAGGAGGCGUUAGCUAGGGAACAGGAGAGGCUGGGGAAGGAGCAGGAGGAGGUGAAGCGGGAGCAGGAGAGGGUGGGGCGGAAGCAGAGGGAGGUGGAGAGGGAGCAGCGGCGCAUGGAGGAGUAUCAGCGGCAGAUGGCGGGAAGGCUGCUGGCGGCUGUUGUGGCUGUGGAGGAGCUGAGAAGAGAGAGUGCCGCUGAUGCUGCUGGCGAUGCUGCCGGUACUACUGCUGGUGACGCAGCGAAUGGACGGGCUGGUGGUGCUGCAGCAUCCCCGUCCUCUUCCAAACCUGCCCCACCAGACGCAUCGCCACCACCUGCACGGCAGAUGGCGGGAAGGCUGCUGGCGGCUGUUGUGGCUGUGGAGGAGCUGAGGAUAGAGAGUGCCGCUGAUGCUGCUGGUGAUGCUGCAGGAGAUGCAGCGAAUGGACGUGCUGGGGGUGCUGCAGCACCCCCUUCCUCAUCCCCAUCCGCCCCACCAGAGGCAUCGCCACCAACAGUUGACUACUGGGCGGAGUGA